CUCUAUAUAGGUGCUUCCCUUCUGACACCCUAUAAACAUCAUCUUUUGCCAAAGAUCCAACGCAGAAGAAGGGGAAUUAAGAAACAAAAAUGGCGAACGGUGGUUGCUCCAUCCUCCUCAUUGCUCUCUUCCUCUUUGCGACCACAGGAGACUCCACUAAGGAGGAAUGUGUGUACACCCUGUUCGUGAAGACAGGGUCAGUGAUCAAAGGUGGUACAGACUCCAAGAUCAGCCUCACCCUUGGCGACCCUUCAGGCAGGUCUGUGUCGGUUCCAAAUCUAGAAUCAUGGGGGCUAAUGGGUCCUAAACACAACUACUUCGAGCGUGGCAAUGUGGAUAUAUUCAGUGGCCGAGGACCUUGCAUUGGUGCAUCGGCCUGCAGACUAAACCUGACCUCGGAUGGUUCUGGCUCGCACUCCGGUUGGUUCUGUGACUACGUUGAAGUCACAUCCUCAGGGCCUCACAAAGCAUGUUCACAGAGCAUCUUCUACGUUGAUCGUUGGCUUGCCAGUGAUGCUCCUCCGUAUAAGCUUAGCGUUGUUCUUGAUGGGUGUGACACGUGGAACAAUGCUGCAGAAAAUGACUCAAAUCAGCGCAGAAAUAGUGGGCGCUUUGCCGUUGGGAAUCCCAAAACAUUUGCUUAUUCCGCUUCAGAAUAGAACAAUGUGGAGAUGUAAAAGCAGAGAUUUUGGUGUUAUUUUUUGGGAUAACUAUGAUGUUUUGUGUGUGAUGACCUUGUGAGUGUGACUCGGAUGCCUUCUAAUGCAAAUUACUAUUUUAGAAGCCAUCCUUCUUCUUUCUUUUGU